AUGAGAAAGGAGCGACAAGAAGAGCGCCAAAGUUUUGUCGAGACAAUUGCAUCCAUCCGAGACGAAAUUCGAGCCGAUAUGGGCUGUGGUCGAGAGUCGACCAUCUUAACGAAAACUGCAAAAGUCAACACCGCAAUGACCGAAUAUAAUAAUGCCGUCGGAACUUUGCGCGCGUCGCUCAGUACCCUAGCAGCAGAGCUGGGCGAGAAACCCGAGCAGGACAAGCCCUCGCGUGACUUGAAAGAAACCGUCGACAAUUUGAACAAGUGUAUGAGGGCUGUAGGAGACAUCUUUGAGGCACGACAUCAAGAGUUCCGGAGCCAGGUCAAGGCCUUGGACGAAACAAAGGGUCUAUUAUAG